UCCCAGUGGCUGUCCUAGUGCUUGCUGAGGUCAUCUGGGAGGUGACAAGUGGCAACCCCCCCCCAACCACACCCUCCACUGCUUUGUGUCUUUCUUGUUCAGUUACCGAAACAGCUGUAAGCCCAUCUAAAACUAGGUGCGUGGAAAUUGUGCUAGGGUAGUUCCAGUGUGUCAACUUUAUGAAUUGAAAUAUAAACCAGUAAAACUGUAUUACUAUUCCUUUUGUUGGUUUUAUUUUAACAGCAUAUUCAUUAAAUAUUUUGGUACAAAGAGCCUCACUUUGUAGAAACCGGUUUCAUCAUUACAUGCUUCUGCCCCGUUUCCCCUGCUCGCACACGCGGCCCAGGAACCGGACGGGUGUGCGCCGGCACCAGGCAUUCCCACUCGCGCGCGCCGAGCAGCUCCGGGGGGGCCCGGCUUUCCAGGGGAGCGGCUAGACCAGCUGCCCCUCUGGGAGGCUGACGCCUGCGCCCUCACAGCGAACACGGAUUCUGCGAAAUCAAGUGCCAUGCUUACGGGGAGAGGUGCUGUGUGUGAAUUCGUAGGGUUAGGGAAGUCCUACAGGAGGUAAGGGUGUGGGGAGACCUGGAAAGAUGAAAGCAUCUCACAAGGCAGAGACAGGAGGUGGAAUUCCAGGCCUAAAAUGUGAACAGGAGUAGCAGCGGGGGUCCACUUGCGCUCUGCUGAAACUUGCAGGAAGAGAGUCGGCAUGGACGACACACCUCGCGGAAGCUCCUUUCUACUCACUGGUGUGUGUGUGUGUGGGGGGGGGGGGGUUUCCUCCUGUGCCCUGCCCCGUAAGGACACACAGGCCGCCAGCUGGCCCUCUUUACCACCUCACCCCUUCUCUGCAGCAGGAAGAAGAGCAAUGUCCCCAACCCUGCGGUUCUCCCCCCGUGUGACCUGGCCGCAGAUGGAAACGGGCUGAGAUGCAGGCCACAAAGAAGGGAAGGCAGUGAGUGAAGGCCCCGCCCAGUCUGCUGUCCACUGCACCGAAGCCCGGUGAGUGCCCUGAGGGGCCUGGGCCAUGGCAGGUGCUCGACAGCGGCCCCAGAGCGCCUCUGGGAUCCCUUUGCCAUUCACAGGCUGGAGAACCUAUUUCUGGGAUCCACGUUCCUGGCCAGCUGGGGCAGGAAUCCAGAAAGGCCAGCUUGCCCUAUGCUUUUCUAAUCCCAAGGGUCUUAGUGUUGGGGAGUGCAGGGACGCAGCAGCAAUCCUCAUGUCACAGCUGGGAGAGGAGAGAAAGGAGUCCAUGUGCCUAUCGGCCUCAGGUGACUCCGAUGGGCCCUGCUUCAGGAAGGUCCCCUAAUGGUGUUGAGACCCAGACUGAGAACACUGAGUGCUGGAACAGCUCACCACUUGCAGGGUCAGAGUGCCAGGCUGGAAGUUUCAGGUUCAGGAAACUUUCUGCACCGUUAGCAGAGAAGCAGCAGAGAGUUGUAAGGGCCAGGAGGAUGGUCUGCGCUCGACCGUCUCAUCAGAGUGGCCGCUGCACUGAGCCAGAGCGGGUCCACGGCGGCUUUAAGACAGAAGCUUUUAUUUGUAUUCAUCCAAGUGGAGAGAAUGCAACAUGUCAGGGCAUUACAGACGCACCGCAGCGGCAGGACAGAGGGGGAGUCUACGGCAGAGUCCGACAGUCAGUGCGAGGAGCCACAGUGUGGGCGCUGGGGUGGCAGAGAGUCCCUUUGGAUGAAGGCCAGGCGUCUCUGGGCGAGGCACUGGUGACAGUCCACACAUGCAGGCUGCUGCUUCAACCACGCCGCAGGUUUAAAGUUCAGAGUCCUACAUGUCAUCAUUGCCCCAGAGGGGAAGGACAAUCCGUGGCGGCCGCGUUUGCCAAUGUUUUUCAACAUAAUAUACAACAUAAAGUUAUUGCCAAGAACUUUGCACUGCAAAUUAUACUAUUUACACUUGCGUAUUCAGAAAAAACAGUAAAUAGGUAUUUUAAAUUGAUAUCUAAAAACUACCUUGGCCAUCACCAGACUAGAGUGACCGUAAGCUACAGCCAGGAGUCCAAUGUCAUGUGUGUAACCGUGCAGUGGGAAAAGAGAAGUUUUCUACCCACAGCUACACUCGGCCUUCUCCGUGCCUCCUGCGUUCCCCACCCCGGGCUGAGGCUGAGCAGGGCCCCCCUACUCCUGCGUGAGGGAAGCCCCUUCUCGAACAGGCCUGGGCCUCGGUCUGGAACUGGCCGCUUCCUCCCCAGACCAGGCUACCCUUCCUACUCUGCUUGGAGUGGUAACGAGUCCAACAGGCCCCUCCGCGAAUGCUACGCGGCGCGCAGACCAGCGUGUGGGGCUGUGGAGCAAACAGGCUGAGCCGGGCCCAUCAGCCUCACUGCUCCGAAGUGCCCUCACCCUAAUUAGGACAGAGCCCGUCCUCCCUGUCCUGUCCCGUCCUCUCGAAGGUGUGGCUGGGGCCCCACCGGCCACUCAGGCCAGCAGACCGCGCCUGGCGGGAAAGGCCUGAGCUCAGAGACACUUCGGGCUCUGUAUGCAAGGCGAGCCCCGCCGGGGCUGAAGCAGAGGAGACCUGCCCGACAACGGUGGCUCGAGCCUCACUAGAAACUCACCCGAAGCCGGGGGGUGGGGGGCAGAGGACGCCCACCUCAAGUCCGCAUUCACUUUGCUUCCGUACGCCCCCGGGAAGGAAGUGCAUCUGAGGGCGGGAGACCGCACACUGCCAGCCAGCGCCACCUGCGAUUCCUGGGAGGUGCCAGAAAGAAGGCCCCGGACUCGGGGGCCCUGAGGUUGCCUGUCAUCAGUCUCCCCAGCUGGGUUUCUGGACACAGGCUGUCUAGAGAGCUUCGUCUCCGAGAACGGGAGCAAGAAAUGACUGGCCCCGCCGCUGAGAAACCACUGCAGCCAGUGAGCUCUGAGUGCUCCCUCGACGAAGGAGGGGUGCAGUGUGAACCCCGCCUGACUGCCCAGGGCUGGUCUGAGCGUGAGACCCUGUCCUGGUCAGGGAAAGGGACGCAUCUAAUGGCGGCACUUCUGACACGACAGGGGAGAGAAGAGGUAUUUGGGGAAUCGGCUUGCCCGGCGAAAUUCCAGUUACAGCUCGUGUGGGUGUCCUCAGGACCCCAGGGCUCAGUGCCACAGACGCUGUACUCCGCGAGGCCAACCCAGUGACACGUAUCACAGAAGGAGCCCGCCUGGAGCAACGUGUCUCGCCCCUGACACACCAAACUCCCGAGCCGGAGGUGGGGAGCAGUGCUCAGCCCAGAGAAGACGGAGGAAAAGGCUGGACGCUGAAGAAGUCACGUGUGGAGAACGGACCUCUUUAAGGGUCUUCUGAGUGAUCUAAAACUCCUAUCUGUCCCACCCCAAAUUUCCAUGAGCAACAACAAAAAUCUGACUUUACAGAACAGCGGAAAUAUUUAGGUUAGAGUCCAAAAGAAGAAGAAGAGCCUUCUGACCAUCUGUGGCCCUAAGCAGGAAAAUGGCAUCAAGCCUGCCCAGGAGAGGGCAAGCGCCUGGGCCAGGCUCCAGCUCCAGAGGGGACUGUGGUGCCUGACUGACACGAGCCUCCCUCUGAGGCCUGAGCUGCCUGAGGAAAGGCCAACACCUGGCAUCACAGCCAGGCCCACUUUUGUCCUUUCCCUUCCAUGAGCCCAGAAGUGCUUCUGGAAAAAGCAUUUUCUGCUCCUCAGAAAAGUUACCCACCUACUAUCAGAACACGAUCGCCCCCGCCCCCAAGCCCCCAAAAGAGAUGAGACCAGGGUCCAAAGUCUAAAAGGCAACAACCUCCACGAAAGGGAGCCUGACAAACCCCAAGCCGGCCUCCCAACAGGCCUUGGAAGCACAGCUUUGACCAUAACUUCCUUCCAAAACCUUCCCCUGGUUCCCAGCACUGACAAGACAAAGCUUCACUCCAGACAGCAUGCAGUGUUCUAGGUUUCCAGCGGUUUCCUAGCACCACCUGCCCAGGGUAGCACCCAACCCCUCACCUCCAGUCUGGGGCUCCAGAGGACCAGGGUGCGGGCAGACCACGUGCAAAGCACCUGCAGCUGCGGGGGAGCCUCACCUACUGCCACAGGCCUGCUGGGGGCCCGGGGAGGGCAUGUGUGCAGGCACUCAGAUCGGGCCCUGCCACGGCAGCUCCUGUCACUGCGCGGGAAGCACGCAGCCCCCUCCUCCCCGAAGGAGAAUGAGGGCGGCUUCCAGCCCCCGGACUUAGCACCUCUCCGAUGCUCCACUACAGCAGCUCCCUUCCCCUGCCCAGAAACUUCGGGGGGGGGAGGCGAUCUGGAAAGCAGAAAGCACUAUAUACAUUUAUAGUUGUUUUCAUUGCCCCAACUACAUCGAGCACCUUGGGGCAGGCACCAUGAGUGACUCACCUCACUGUCCCCCAUACCCAGUGGAAGGCCUGGCCUCAGGCAGGCUGUGAUACACCCAGCAGGGCUGGCUUUAGCCUGUGACACACACACACCUCCUGCCUCAAGAGUGUGUAGGCUUCUUGAGAGUCCCGACCGUCCUGUGGGCUGGCUGCAUGCAGACGGAAGUGAGUCCUGCCUGGAAGCCCUCCUGCCCUGAACUCAAUUCUGGAGAGGGAGGGAGCUCACUUUUACCCUCACACCAAGGCCCCAGGCCAAACUCUAACUCUGGCUUAAGACCGAAUGUUCAAUUUGUCUUGCCCUGGUCAAUGGUCUUUAGGACAGCAAGAGCCUGGAUGUGGAGGAUUUUAUCAAGCCCUGCCCAAAGUGGGGGGACUCCCUGCCCCCUAAAGCCAAUGGCCAGAAAGACCAACUCUCUUGUCCUCUCAUUCCAACUUACCAACUCUAACCAAGUUCUUGCCCAAAAAGCCCAGACGAAAUACAGAUACCAUUUGUAACCACAGAUCUGGUCUUCCACGACGAGAGUGCUGGAUCUAAAAUGCAUCUGUGAUGAGUUUACCAUCUUGCACACAACCUCUCCCUGGCUCCCGAGCGCCCGGAGAAUGAGGUCCCAUGCUCUUCGGCCCGGCACUCAGGGCCCUUCCCAGGCUGGGCCCCAUGUGCCCGCCUGACGGCGCGGUUCCUGGUGUUCCACACACACACCCUCUCCUCUCCAGAGCAGCUUCCUUCCUACGGCUCUCCUGAUUCACCCUUAGCCCUUCUCUCCUCGGGGCCCCGGUCACCUUGGACUUCCCUGAGCACCAUUCUGCUCUGUAUUUAGCUCUCACCUGUCAAUGCAGCCCCCCGCCCCCGCCACCGACACACUCACUCAAAACCUGUGAUCCUUACGGGCCAGGACUGCACCUUCCUCCUCAGCGCUCACACAGGACAGACGCUCUCAGGAAGCCCUGGUGGGAACGUGGAUGGGCCAGGCAGCGGAAGGAAGGACGUUUCCAAUCAUGUUAUUCAAUAAGCCAAGGGGUGAGCAGUCUCUACAGUCUAAGACAGGUUGGCAAAACACGGCCCACUACCUGUUGAGCGUUGGUUUGUUUAAGUACAGUUGGUGGGGUCGCAGCUGCGCUGUGUUCAGCACCGUCUCUGGCUGCGCCUGUGCCCCCACAGCCUGGCUGAUUAGCCGUGAGUCUUGAGUCGUCCGUGGAGCCCGAAAGACUGUCUGUCCCUUUCCAGAGUCCGCCAACGACAGGACUAAGGCAGUGCUCCCACAGCCUUCCUCAUUAGGGUGCACACAGGUGACACUAAGGUGGCCUGCUGGGACAGAAAGCAAGGCCGCUUGUAGUUAAGAGACACUGGGCCCUGGGGUUCUGGCCACCCCAAAGGCUGCAGGGAUCCGUGUCUCAGAGCACCUGUAACCUUUCAUAGCUCUGCCCUGAAGGUUCAAAACUGUAGCUGCCUCUUUAACCUUAAUCCCCAGCAGAGCUACAGAAGUAACAGGUGCAGAGAGCCACCCUGACGCCGCGGCCCUGCGUGCCACUGUCCGGGAUGAGCCCCAGGUGGCAGGCCUGAGCAGACACCAAAGUCAUCGUGCUGUUCUUCCCCUCGUUAAAGUCCUCUGUAAAGCCAGUCAGCGACUUCCCACCAGCUACAGACCGUGUUCCAGAGAUGCUAAAUCCAGACUCAGCGUCCAAGAAUCCAAGCUCCAGACCUUGCCCAGGUAAAGAAACCAAAACAUUGCUUUAAAAAACACACACAAAACAGAAGGCCUCUGCACGAAUGAACACCCAGUACUUGGGACUCCCUUUGACUGGCGAACCCAGCAGGGCAGACGUGUGGGAACGCUUGGGGAAAGGGUAAGAUGCUGACUGGCCGGGCUGCAACCCUGUCUACUGCCAGAGAGCACAGGAGGCCUCACCCCUCACGCCAGCGAGGACUGGGCCCCACCGAACUCCCCCUCCCCAGCCCAAAGGAGAGGGCUUUUGCCACACUGCCACCCCUCUCCUGUCAACUCCCUGCCCUGCCAGCACCUUCCUCCCUCCCCCACCUUCCCCAUCUUGGCCCCAGUACCACUGUCCUCUCGGUGACCUACUGAAGAGAGGCCCAGGAGAAGUGCUUGGGCAGUGCCCCCCCCCACACUACCCUUAGGACACUGUGGUUCCCUGGCCCCCUCCUGGGUGCCACCACAUCCAUCCUCCCACUCAGUUGGGGCGAAGAGCCCGGCCUGUGAAGAGACCCCAUUGUUGCAUCUGUGGCGGCCUCUGCCUCCCACCUCCGGUCCUUCCCCAUCCAACUGUCCAAAUCAACCCUCCAGAAUACUCUGACCAUUUUAGAAGAGGAUGAUCACUGAAGGGCACAGUACCCAGGGCCUUCCCUCAACUGACUCCAAAUUACACGUCCCAUCGGUCACCACCCUUCUGACCAUCGGUCACCACCCUUCUGACCGUCCCAGUUCCCGGGAGGGAGUAACUUCACGCUGCUCCAGGCCACGCCCUUUCCGCGCGCACCACGUGCCGCCACCCCCCCCCCCCGCCAGCCCCCCGCUGCCACACCAGCCCUUUCUUCAAAGCUCUCCUCACGACCCUCCUGGCAGCCUCCCACCCAGCUCGGGUGGCCGUCUCGGGGGGAAGACUUUGGCACUCCAGUCAGAGCCGCUCAGGUCCUCAGCCCUCACAGGCCUGGCUCCUGCACUGAGCGGAAGGCCCGCCAGAGUUUUUGCCAACCACAGAAGACGGCGCUGACCUGUCAGACGCCCGGGCAACGCCUCUCUCUUCCCGUGUACUCCUCUCGGGCAACAGGCUCACCUACUCUGCUGUCUAAGCCGGAAACCCUCCCGUUCUCUCCAGCUGUUCCUUCUGCCCCACCGCAGAGCCUGGUAAGCAGCAGCAGGUGACAGUGAAGAUUUCUCAACGACUCCAUGUGUCCAAGAGGGGAGAAGUGCUCUCAACAGUGUCCCCAUAUGCAUCAGAUAUCAGCAUCCUUCCAAACCUGAUAUCCCAUGGAAGGAAUUCCUCUGCACUAUGCCAACAGCUUGCUUAAACGUUCCUGGUACCAUGGGCCCCAUUUCUCACCAUACCUAAUCUCCCAGGGCAGCCCUGUCAUCAUGGGAAGCACAUGUUAGCCCAAAAUGCCCAACCGGCUUUCUAUAACCAUCCUUACCCUUCUAGAGCCACAUACAAGUAAAGAGAACCCUUUGAAAUAGCUAAGGGAUAAGUCCUCCCCUUCCUCAACCUCAGUGAAUCUCUUUUUGAGGGGCUUUCAGCUUUCCAGAGUUCCCCAGGUGCCACCUUCCAGAGGUUUCUCACAUCCAGGAUGCCCACAAUAUUUUCCUUAUGUAGCCUCUAGGGACAUGAGGGGUGUUAGAAAGCUGAGCAACUUCUGAGACCGUCUCCAUAAUGGAUGGGUCCGACAAGAUCCCAGCAUCUGAGCACUCAGGUACGUGUCACUGUGAGGGUGACCCCUUUGGUCAGGAGCACACACUGAAGGCCUGGGCAGGGACAGAUGACAGCCAAAAUGCCGGUGAAGCUGAAUACACAAAGUACAACCCUAACUGCACCCUGCGCCCCCUCACCGGCCCCUGGGGGUCUCCAACAGCCAUCGCUGACUUGCACAUGGUGGCAGAGUCCGGUUACGGAGCAAAAAAGAUGGUGCGGAAACAGAUGGAGCUGAGGCUAACCUGUCCGUCCCCCGGCCCGGGGCGAGUUCACGAACAGUUCUCCAAAGGAACCAGACCAGAAAGCCUGAAGUCGGGAUCCUUUUCUCCCCACAUGGCAGGGGGUAAGGGAAGGAGAGGGAGCGUAGGUUUCUGCUUAUUUUGUUUCCAACCACAAGGGAUCUACUCCAGGAGCUGGAAGGGAGGCCCGGGGAAUGCAUCACAGCGCCGAGGGGAACCGGCAGCCCGGCGGUUUGGAAAACGGGGCGGGCAGCAGUGCCCCGCAGGGUCACAAACCACCAGUACUGCACACGGUGAGUGCUAUCAGGCCGGGGGGCCGAGCUGAGCCGGUGGCAGGGCUGUGUAAUUUGGGGCAGGUCAUUGUGGCUGAGCCUCCAUUUCCUCAUCUGCAAAAGGAGAUCAUUUCUGGGUCCCACAGUUGGGGUGUAAUUUAAAUCUCAUCUCUAAGAAAGGGCUUCUGUUUACUCCCAAAACAGUGGAAGACAUGUUAUUUCUUCUGUGUGGUUAAAAACUCACUUAUUAGGAGCCACAGUGUUUGGCCACAAACAAGCUGGGGGGCUUGGCGAGGCUGUGGGCUUCUGCGUCCUGGCCCGCACCGUGGAAACGAAGCACACGCCGCGGCGGCGCCGGAGCGGCCCCUGGGAGAGAACUAAGGGAGCGUUGGGACAGGUGCUCACCCCGCUCACACACAAGUCACUAUUCUGGAACUCGGGCAAGCGGGGUUUAAAACCGUUCCUUCUUCCUGCCCCCCUCCAGCAUCCUGGCAGAUGGCACGGAGAAACGGCCUACUGCCAAGGACCGUGCCCUGUGGUGAGGGAGAACUGUUCUGCCCCGGAGAGGAUUCGGUCUCCAUCCCCAGGCAGAGACCCAAGUGGCCAUCAUCAGCAAAGGAGCCAGCAGCCAGGUGUGUAGCAAUGGGAGAAGGGACAAGGGCGGCAGCGUGGCUCACAAGACCUCCAAGCCACCCCAGUGGGGAUCACCAAUCACGGCCCAACUGGGGUUGGGGCAGGGGGCCUGCCUGCUACCUUCAGGCUGGCAGCCCGUCCUGAAGCCUCGACUGGGAAAGUCCUGCUGAUCAGGACAGGCCACUGCCCCCUGCCACUCCCCCAGGACCCCUCAAACCUGGGGUCCUCUUCCUUUUACCCCAUAACUCAAAACCUCACCAGGCUCAAGUCUUCAAAGCACUCCCAUUACCAGUAAACAAACCAUUAGCUAAAUGCAAGCAAAGACCUCAAGUGCUCAUUGAUAUUCAAACAGAAAAAACAAGCUUGAAGUACAACAGCUUCCUUUGUUUAAAAUGCAGCCACACCUUAGUCUUCUAGCCUAUCUUUCCAGUUUAUUAAACAACCUUAUCCAAUUGGUCUAACAGAAAAUAGCCCUAAAAGCCCAGGAUAUCUGGUCCAGAACAACCUCAAGUCAGAGAGCCUGGCUUCAGCACAGGAGCCUUUGAGCUCAAGGCCCUGUGCCCCGAAGGCCCCGAUCGACCCGGCCCACUGCCUGCACACCUCCUUCCGGCCACACAGUGCUCCCCUCACCCUGGUCCAGACGGCACCCACUGCGCACGUGGCGUGACGGAACGAGGCUUUAGCAUCACACACAGUGGGGUUUCAUUCCUAACUCUAGUGCUUAACUCCGAGCCUCGGUCUCUUCUGUUGUAAAACAAGAAUCCUACCUCCAAGAAGCUUGUUGGAGAAGAAUGUCUGAGUGCCUGGCCCACACAAGAGAGCAAUUUGAGCAUUUCUUCCUUUUCUUUCUUCUGUUCCUUCAAUCUGCCGCUGCCCACAGCCCAAAAUAACUUAAACGGAAGGCUGUUAUUGCCUUCACUCCCUGAAAACAUUUAGCUGACAGGUAAGGCAGAGACCAUUCUUCCCAACCUUCCGCAGGAUCACGGUAGGUGAAACCAGACCAAGACUGAGAGACCGGCCCUGAGGCCGUGCGAAGAGAAUGACCGCUCCGCAGCCAGGCUACCGUUUCCUCCUGUGGACCAGAAGCAGCCAAGGAGGUACCGCCGACACCUCCGGCUGGGACGCGCUAGCCAGCCUCCCUCCAGCUGCCUGGGCAGACGAUACCCCAGCAAAGGCAGCGCCGUCUGCAGAAAAGGCAAAGUUCUGCCAAGUAAAGACCAAGACCCUCCUUAGAAGGACCAAGUUAAACUGACUGGUCAAGGCGGGGGGCGGGGGGGGGUGGCAGGGGAGAGGAGGAAAGAAAAAAGGAAAGAAAGGCCUCCCUCAGUCUUGGCUCAUUGAGGCAGUGGCUCCUCCAAACAGCCACAGCUGGGGCGCGCGGUGGCUUCUGCCAGGACAUUGGUUAUAGGAGUAUCUCUUGAUACUUAAGUCAAGAAAAGCCUUCCGCUUUGGGGCUGCAGUGAGAGAGCAGGUCUUUGGAGUUUCCCCUGGAGCUGGGGGCUGCUGAGUCCCCUCCUCUUUCACUUACCAUUGCAAACAAUAAAUGCCUUUGGUACAAUUAAAAG